AUGUUGGGCCGAGAAGGUGGCAAACAGAAGCCCUUGAGACAGUCCAAGAAGCAGGCCAAGGUGAUGGACGAGAAAGAUAAGGCUUUCAAGCAGAAACAGAAAGAGGAGCAGAAGAAACCCGAGGAGCUAAAAGCCAAGGCCGCGGGGAAGGGACCCCUGGCCACAGGUGGAAUUAAGAAAUCUGGCAAAAAGUAAGCUGUUCCUCAUA